GAAAUGGAACGCGGCCAUAUUGUCGAGUGUAGCGUUCCCUCCUACACGGAACGCGGCCUGUGUAGUUCCUGUCGCGGUCGUUGUGGGCACUCACACCCCGUUCAGCCUUGCUAGCUGGCCGGCCAAACAAGGCUGAAAGAGGCGUCUGGUGCCCAGCCGAGGCGUUUGUGGAUAGGCAGACAAAGACGUGACUUCAGCGGGAAGACGACAACAUGCCCGCGGUGUCUAAAGGGGACGGAAUGCGCGGCCUGGCCGUGUUCAUCUCCGACAUCAGGAACUGCAAAAGUAAAGAGGCAGAAAUUAAGAGGAUCAACAAAGAACUGGCCAACAUUCGCUCCAAGUUCAAAGGUGACAAGGCUCUGGAUGGCUACAGCAAGAAGAAGUACAUCUGCAAGCUGCUCUUCAUCUUUCUUCUGGGUCACGAUAUCGACUUUGGACACAUGGAGGCCGUCAACCUGCUCAGUUCCAACAAAUACACAGAGAAGCAAAUUGGUUACUUGUUCAUCUCAGUGCUGGUGAACUCAAACAGCGACCUCAUCCGUCUCAUCAACAACGCCAUCAAGAACGACCUUGGCAGCCGCAACCCGACCUUCAUGAACCUCGCAUUGCAUUGCAUCGCCAACGUGGGCAGCCGAGAAAUGGCAGAGGCCUUUGCUUCCGAAAUCCCCCGCAUCCUAGUAGCAGGGGACACCAUGGACAGCGUGAAGCAGAGCGCAGCGCUCUGUCUCCUCCGUCUAAACAAGACGUCACCUGACCUGGUGCCUAUGGGCGAAUGGACGGCGCGAGUGGUCCAUCUGCUCAACGACCAGCACCUGGGCGUCGUCACGGCAGCAACCAGCCUCAUCACCACGCUGGCUCACAAGAGUCCGGAUGACUUCAAAACCUCCGUGGCACUGGCGGUGGCCCGACUGAGCAGGAUUGUGACGUCAGCGUCCAUCGACCUUCAAGACUACACGUACUACUUUGUUGCAGCACCUUGGCUCUCUGUUAAACUACUGCGACUACUGCAGUGCUACCCUCCACCUGAGGACGCUGCGCUGCGAAGUCGUCUGACAGAAUGCCUGGAGACCAUAUUGAACAAAGCCCAGGAGCCCCCCAAGUCCAAAAAGGUCCAACACUCCAAUGCAAAGAACGCUGUCCUGUUUGAAGCCAUUUCACUCAUCAUCCACCACGACAGUGAGCCCACCCUGUUGGUACGAGCGUGCAACCAGCUGGGCCAGUUCCUGCAGCACAGGGAGACCAACUUGCGAUAUCUGGCCUUGGAGAGCAUGUGCACGCUGGCCAGCUCUGAGUUUUCCCACGAGGCCGUGAAGACGCACAUGGAAACUGUGAUUAAUGCUUUAAAGACGGAGCGGGACGUGAGCGUUCGCCAGCGGGCGGUGGACCUUCUCUACGCCAUGUGCGACCGCAGCAACGCUAAGCAGAUUGUGGCCGAGAUGCUGAGCUACCUGGAGACUGCCGACUACUCCAUCAGAGAGGAAAUAGUGCUGAAGGUGGCCAUCCUGGCAGAGAAGUACGCCGUGGACUACACUUGGUACGUAGACACCAUCCUCAACCUCAUCCGCAUGGCAGGAGACCACGUCAGCGAGGAGGUGUGGUACCGCGUCAUCCAGAUUGUCAUAAACCACGACGACGUCCAAGGCUACGCUGCCAAGACCGUGUUUGAAGCUCUUCAAAGACCUGCCUGCCAUGAGAACCUGGUCAAAGUGGGAGGUUACAUCCUGGGAGAGUUUGGGAACCUGAUUGCUGGUGACCCGCGAUCCAGCCCCCUGGUCCAGUUCAACCUCCUCCACUCCAAGUUCCACCUGUGCUCGGUGCCCACGCGGGCUCUGCUGCUGUCCGCCUACAUCAAGUUCAUCAACCUGUUCCCAGAGGUGAAGACCACCAUCCAGGACGUGCUGCGCUCAGACAGCCAGCUCCGCAACGCCGACGUGGAGCUCCAGCAGAGAGCCGUGGAGUACCUGAGGCUCAGCAGCAUCGCCACCACCGACAUCCUGGCCACCAUCUUGGAGGAGAUGCCGCCUUUCCCGGAGAGAGAAUCGUCCAUCCUGGCCAAGCUGAAGAAGAAGAAGGGACCCGGGAACCUGCCCGACAACGACGACACCCGCCGCAACGUGAACGGCGGCACAGAGCACAGCGUCAGCGCCGAUACCACCAGCACCGCCAACACGUCUUCUCCUUCGAUGACAACGGAGCUUCUCGCCAACAGACCCCGCCCUGCUCCCUCUUGUCCCAUCAUGCUCUCUGCUGGCACGAUGAACUCCGCUCACCCCUUCAACGACUUGCUGAACCUAAACGCCGCCCCCGAUGCCAGCUCCAGUUUGCUGGUGGACGUCUUCUCAGACGUCACACCUGCCGCCGACACGGUCGUGUCUGACGAGAGCUUCAGCAGGUUUGUCUGUAAGAACAAUGGUGUUCUCUAUGAGAAUCAACUUUUGCAGAUUGGACUAAAGUCCGAGUACCGACAGAACCUGGGUCGCAUUUACGUCUUCUUUGGCAACAAGACGUCCAGUCAGUUCCUCAGCUUCACCUCAGCCAUGCGCAGUGAAGAAACGCUCAAAACACAGCUGGAUGUCCACGCCAAAGCGGUUGACCCAGUCAUAGACGGGGGGGCCCAGGUUCAGCAGAUCCUCAACAUCGAAUGCGUGUCUGAUUUCAGUGACGCGCCCGUGCUCGACAUCCAGUUCAGGUACGGCGGCGCCCUGCAGAACAUCGCCAUCAAACUCCCUGUGAUGCUCAACAAGUUCUUCCAGCCCACUGAGAUGACGUCAGAGGACUUCUUCCAGCGCUGGAAGCAGCUCGGCCUUCCUGAGCAGGAAGUCCAGAAGAUCUUCAAAUCCAAACACCCAAUGGACACUGAGGUCACCAAAGCCAAGAUUAUAGGUUUUGGUGUGGGUUUGCUGGAGGGCGUUGAUCCUAACCCUGCAAACUUUGUCGGAGCUGGAGUGGUCCACACUAAAUGUUCUCAGGUGGGAUGCCUUCUCAGGCUGGAGCCCAACGCACAAGCGCAGAUGUAUCGUCUCACGCUGAGGACCAGCAGGGACUCCGUGUCUCAGAGACUUUGUGAUCUGCUCUCAGAUCAGUUCUAGAUGCCUCCGUGGUUCCUCUCUGUUCUUUGUACAGUGUAAAGUCUUUGUUUUUUUAAUGCAACGGAAAUGAAAUGUACUUUAGGCACAUAGCUUUACUGCCUCCACUGCUACGCUCUUGGAAGCCGAGCACACUAGUGAUAUAUAUUUUUUAACCUUUUUGCACUUUUGAAGGGCAGUAUGACAUCACGCCGGAGACCUUUGCCAUGGUGCCGCCUUUACGCUCUUCUACACACACUUUGUACUGUAGCUCACUCUGGUGCCUUUGUGUCACUGAAACACUAGCAGCACAGUGCCUCACUACUUCUACCUGAAUGCACACACUAAAUAUUUCUAUUUUCACUGCCUUCACUCGCUCCUUAAAUGCUCCUCACUGCCUUAGGAGGUAUUUUUUCAACUGUUGGAAAAUAAAACCGUCUCCUUCUCAA